GAAGUUCCUUAGCCCCAAACUUUUCAACGCUUGCUUAACACAGAAGGAGUCAUGAAGGCCAUGAUCAAAAAGAAGAUGAAGAUUGUCAUAAAAUCUAGUGACAAAAUAAUUAGGUUAUCACCUCCGAUCCAGCAUGGAUAGGACUGCCCAUGCUCAAAUCAGGUAGGAGAUAUCAUUCAUGAGGGAUUUUCUCAAUUCAUGCCAUCUGCGGCUUUACGAUUUGGAUGAUCAGAUCUCUAUUUUAGGACUCGAAUACUUCACAAUAAGUCUCGUGCAUCUUUAGUUGCUGUUCAAUAAUCUUUAGCGAAAAGACCUAUUUAGGAUUUAAUGUAGGUUCUUUAUAUGUAAAUUUUUUACAACCUAUUGAACUUUGCCAGAAAACUUGAAGAAAAUUCGGGAUGGUAACUAUUGAUUUUUCAUGAAUCCGAAGGGCUGUUUUGAAGAGGGAGCUCUUGGAAGAGUCGGAUUUUGGUUGUCUUAAAACAAUCAUGCUCUUCAUUCUCAAGCCCUGCCUUCUAAUAUUGUUUCACCUACAUUUCACUUUUCAUGGAUGAAUCUUUAAUACAUUUGCUACUUAUCUCAGUCGUACAUUCUAAAUAAAAAUGCAACUUUCUUCUUGAUCUGGAGCUAGAGCUAGACAAUGUGAGGGUUCUUUCUUCCAUUUCCAAAUAGCUUUGAUUGCAAGCAAACCUCUUAGUGUCUGUGGCGAAGGAAUUGUGAACAUCUGUAGAGGAUAUUUCUUCGUAUCUUCACAAGUUUUAGAUGAAGUUUAACAUGGAAAUAUGAGAAACAAAGAAGAAUAAAGACAUUUCGCCUUAUAUU